GCCCGGCCCUCCACCGCCCCUUUGUUUGCCGGGCGCGGCGGGCCCGCGGUUAUAUUUAGGCAGCAGGUGUGGGAGCCACAACAAGCCGGGUCGCCUGCCGGUCACCGGCCACCCCGCCCACGUGAUGCCCGGGCGCUAUAAAUAGCUCUCGGCCGCGGGGCCGGCAGAGCGUCCGCGGGCCGCCGGCGCCGCGCACUCGGGGUCCCCCAGCCUCGCUCCGGUCUGGCCCCGCGCGGAUGGAGGCGGCGGCGGGACGACGGCGCGCGCGGCCAUCCGCGACCAGGGAUGAGGGCGGCAGCCUCCCUGAACCUCAGUGUCCUCCUCCGUAAACUGGGCUUGAGCCCGAGGAACCCCGCCGGGAGCGCUUCCCUGGCCUGCUCAGGGCCCGGAGAAGGUCCGCUAGCUCUUCCUGGUCUGUUCGCUCCUCUGCAGCCCGGGCGACGUUGCCUGCCGCUGACUGGCCUGGGAUUCAUGGAGAGGGCCUGGAGAGGCAGCUCUGAGUGCUGCCGUGCCCAGCAUCGCCACCGCGCCUGCCGCCCGGCCUGCUGCUGAGGAGGGCCCCGCACCUCUGGCCUUCACCAUUGCCCUCACCUGCCAAUGGCCUCCACCGCCCCGCCGGGGGCUGCCUGAGCCCCCUGCGUCCUACCAGGACUCGCCGUACCCCGAUGGGGUAACGUGACAGGGGCCCGUGCUUCAGAGUUGCCUGCCUGCCCGCCACGGCCGCCGCCUGUGACCCCCACUCCAAGGCGGCCCUGUUGGUUCAGUUCAAGUUCGGUGUUUUUUUUUGUUUUGUUUUGUUUUGUUUUGUUUUUGGUCUUUGGGGCCUGCCAUUGAGUGAAGGGGGCCAUCUGCCCAGCCCCCAAAGUAGAGAGGGCGUCCCCAGUGACAGAACAGUGCUGACAGUGCCAGACGCGGCCACGACGGCCAGAUUUACUUUGGGCUUUUUAAGAUUUUCUUUGCUGAGUUUUUUGGUUGUUAUUUUUGUUUUCGACCCCUUAUAAUUAUUUGUCUCUGAGAGGCAGGAACCUGGACGGGCCUGUUUGACUUCUGGGGGGCUGUGUCUUCCUUUUGUUUUUCAGAGUUGGGUUUUCUCUUUUAACUCUCCACGCGCCAGUCAGCGUCCUCCCCCUUCCCAACUAUUUGCACAAUAUUUGUGCGGGGUGUGGGGGGCAGGUUUUUUAAAACAUUUCCUCUCUUGGACAAGCACAGGGAUCCCGUUCUCCCAUCGGGGGGGUUGGGGGGCUCUUCCCAUCCGUGUCUCCAGUCCCGUCGUGGGGAGAGCCAUGGCACGCAUGAACCGGCCGGCCCCCGUGGAGGUCAGCUACAAGAACAUGCGCUUCCUCAUCACGCACAACCCCACCAACGCCACCCUUAGCACCUUCAUCCAGGACCUGAAGAAGUACGGGGCCACCACUGUGGUGCGAGUGUGUGACGUGACCUACGACAAGGCCCCGCUGGAGAAGGAUGGCAUCACCGUUGUGGACUGGCCAUUUGACGAUGGGGCGCCCCCACCUGGCAAGGUCGUGGAGGACUGGCUGAGUCUGCUGAAGGCCAAGUUCUGCGAUGACCCCGGCAGCUGCGUGGCUGUGCACUGCGUGGCGGGCCUGGGACGGGCUCCGGUCCUCGUGGCACUGGCCCUCAUCGAGAGCGGAAUGAAAUAUGAAGACGCCAUUCAGUUCAUCCGACAGCCUCACCUCGGUGGUCCUCCAGCAGCCCAUGGCCUCGGGGUGGGGUGGCACCCAGGAAGCGACGUGGAGCCAUCAACAGUAAACAGCUCACCUACCUGGAAAAAUACCGGCCCAAACAGAGACUGCGGUUCAGAGACCCUCACGCGCACAAGACCAGAUGCUGUGUCAUGUAGCUCAGGACCUCAGCCGCCGGCCCGUGGGGCCCUCCCAGCAGGGGCCUCCAGGCCUCCGGGCCUCCAUCUCGCCUUUCUCCCCAGCACAGUGCACCUGCCUCCAGGGGUCCAGCUCCUCUCGCGCGCCCUCUGCUGUCACUCUCUCCCUCCCUGUGUCUCCGUCUGCCCGCGUCUGCCUCUUUUUAGACUCAUCCUUCCCUUUGUCCCCAUGCCCCAGGUCUCUGUCACCGUGCCCUGUGUGUGUCUCUCUGAGGCUAGUUGGGGGCCCUGUCUCUGGCCUCCCUGCCAUCACCCUGUCUGCACCACCCCCGGCAACUCUCCUGUCUGGCCCAUUUGUUGAAGGGGGGCAGGUGUACUUUUUAACCACUGGGCCUGACCCCUCCUCUGUGGCCCCUCCUCCUGACCUGCUCUUGGCACCUUAAGUUGUGCCUGGGGGAAGUCAGAUGUUCUGGACACUCGAAGGCAAUAAAACAGAACUUGGGCUGUG